AACGGAUACUUUCUAACAUAUUUUACUCACUCUAUAGACUUUUCAUCUUUGUCAAUGCUUAGUUAGCUCCCUAAAAGGUUUUCUCCCAAAUUCGUCCUCUCAAAUUUUCCGGUACUUCCUGCUCAACCCUUCUUUUUUAGGGUUUUUCUCUCUCCUGGAGCUGGUUGAUUACUUCUUGUUUCGGAGGUGUUUUGUUUGAUAACGUUGAUUGAGCAUCGGAUGAGCACGAUUUGAAGGCAAUCGUCUCUGAGUACUAUCCAUUUUUAGUAGUUGUAGUAUCAGUUGUUGCUGUAGUCAUGUUGGUACAGAAUCAGGGACGGGAGUCGCCAACUGAGAGUGCCAGUUCACGUGAUACGUCACCUACUGCUGAUGGAAUUGUGGCGAAUAAGCGGGAGAAUGAGAGGAAUGGUAAUGAUUAUUCACGAGAUACAUCACCUACUGCGGAUGGAUUCGUGAUGAAGAAGCGGGAGAAUGGGAGAAAUGAUAAUGAUUGUUUUGAGCAAGCCGGUUCACGUGAUACGUCACCUACUGCUAAUGGGAUUGUGGCGAAGAAGCGGGAGAAUGAGAGGAAUAUUAAUGAUUAUUCACGAGAUACAUCACCUGCUGCAAAUGGAUUUGUGACGACGAAGCGGGAGAAUGAGAGGAAUGAUAAUGAUUGUUUUGAGCAAUCAGUGGUUCGGAGGGGGGUCUUCACGGGAGAUAAGAUUACUCUCCGUACCAUAGCUGAAGAAAGGGUCGAUGUCAUCUCUGAGAAAAUGCAGGUUCUUCCCGAUGAAUACUUUGAAGAGCUGAAGAAUGGCUUGCGUGUUGUUCUUGAAGGAAAUGGUGGCUCACAACAACGGGAGGAAUUCUUAGGCUUGCAAAAGCUUGUUCAUAGUAGGUCGGACUUAACUCCUAAGAUGUUGCGACGAGCUCACCGUGUGCAACUUGAAAUUCUUGUUGCCAUGAAGAUGGGAAUCCAGGCUUUCUUGCAUCCUAAUGUCUGUCUUUCUCAAACUUCUCUCAUUGAAAUUUUUGGCUAUAAGAGAUGUCGAAACAUUGCGUGCCAAAACCAGCUUCCUGUGGAUGACUGUACCUGUGAUGUGUGCACAAAUAAGAGUGGUUUCUGUAAUGUUUGUAUGUGUGUAAUAUGUACUAAGUUUGAUUUUGAAGUGAAUACAUGCCGAUGGAUUGGUUGUGACUUAUGUUCACACUGGACCCAUACAGAUUGUGCAAUACGUGAUGGAUUAAUCUGUAUGGGUACAUCUGCUAGGGUUGGGACUGGACAGGCUGAGAUGUUGUUUAGGUGUAGGGCUUGCAAUAGGACAUCUGAACUUUUAGGUUGGGUUAAAGAUGUGUUCCAGCAUUGUGCCCCCACUUGGAGCAGGACAGCUCUUAUGACGGAACUUGACAUAGUUGAACGCAUCUUCCGUGGAAGUGAAGAUGUUAAAGGUAGGAAAUUAUUCUGGAAGUGUGAGGAGCUUGUAGAAAAGAUGAAGAGUGGACUGCCUGAGUCAGCAGCUUGCAGAGCGAUCCUGAUGUUCUUCCAAGAGCUCGAUGCAGACCCAUCGAGAAAUGCAGGAAUAGGGGAAGGUGGAAGACUGUUAGCGCCACAGGAAGCCUGCAAACAAAUUGCAGAAGUUGUUCAGGAAGCUAUAAGGAAAAUGGAGAUGGUGGCUGAAGAAAAGCUAAGGAUGUUGAAGAAAGCCCGCCUUAAUCUUGAAACUUGUGACCGUGAGGUUGAAGACAAAGUUCGGGAAGCAGCAGAGCUGAAGCUUGAAAGGCAGAGAAGGAAGCAACAGAUAGAUGAGCUCGAAAGCAUUGUGAAACUUAAACAGGCAGAAGCUGACAUGUUCCAGCUUAAGGCUGAUGAGACUAGACGAGAAGCUGAGAUGCUCCAGAAAAUUGCUCUUGCUAAAUCAGAGAAAUCAGAAGAAGACUAUCGCACUAGAUACCUCAAACUUAAGCUGAGUGAAGCAGAGGCAGAAAAGCAAUACCUAUUCCAGAAGAUGAAAUCUCAGGAUAGUUCUCGUGCUACGCAUGGCAAUGAUGGGAAUGAUUCUUCACAGAUGUUCUCUAAUGCACUAAAAAAUGUGUACAAUGUUUCAUCCAGUGCUGAUUGCCAGGCCAGUGAGAGGAACUCUGGAAGAAAGAAUUCAUGAAUGAUGAUAUAGUGAUCUCUCAUAUGAAUGGUAAAGAAUAGAUGCCGUUCCUAGGACAUGUCGAGGUUCAGUUGCAGGUACUGGUUUAUUCUAUAACUUUUUGCAUUUUUUAACUGGCAGUUGUACUAAAGUAGGAAGUGGUGAAUGUACAAGGUCUUGUUUUACUUUUUCUCAUUGUGAUGUCGAUUUCUGUGUUUCUUUUCAGCAUAAUUUGCUGGCUGUGAUGGACUAACUAGUUUAUUGUAUGUUAUAUAUAUAAUGCUGUUGUGGUAUUUCAUGCGCAUCCUAAUUUGUGUA